AUGCAGCCCACAGAUCCUGCUCGUGUUGUUGCUAGAAUGGUAUGCACUUUCAAUCGCCGGGAUUACAGGAUCAACAAGAACAUCCUCUGUUUGAACCAUAAACACGACAAAGAAGAGCACUUCGGUGACUCCACUUCCUUUUUCAGCCGUGCCCACAUCGUCACCGGUAUCAAUCUCGUCCGCCAACUUCUUGCAGAGGGAAUUGUGCACCCUACAGAAGUUUCCAUCAUCACAGGAUACGAGGCUCAGCACAAAGCCUAUCUAGCAGCCGUGACCUACUGUCACGAGCAUGAUGCGCCGGGAAGCGAGGAUUGGUUAAAUGUCCAUGUGCAUAAGAUCGACACAUACCAGGGCAAGGAGGCAAACAUUGCCGCCAUAGUUGAUCUGGUUCGCAUGAGCCAGCUCGGAUUCAUGCGUGAGCCUCAGCGACUCAACGUGGCGUGUAGCCGCGUUCGGUUUGGCCUGUACAUUCUAUACAACCAAACAGGUAUGAAGAAUGCUUUGAAUCGCACGCCGGCCUUCUUUGUCAAAGCCAUGCUUCAGGACAUCAGUGAAAAUCAACUGUCCUACCCAGCCCCGGCGACAGAUUAUGAGUCUGAACUUUGA